AUGUGUGCUAUGUUUGAUGGAAAUGGUUUAUCAGCGAUGCAGAGCUCUCAGUGUCACACUCCUCACAAUAACUACAGUCCUCAGGAGCUUGCAUUGGAAAUAAAAGCAUUCAUCAGUGGUGUUGACCAGACGCAAGGUCGUAAACUCACCGUUCGGGACCAUGCCCGCUGUGCUGUACGUCUUCUCCGCACUGUCCCAGCUUGCAGAGGUGCUGUUCUGGAGCACUUGAGGGGGGUUUACGACGAGUAUGUGGCAGCUUUUUUUCAAGACCUUGAGGCUGAGAGUGACAGUGGAAGAGAUGGUGCUACUUCAGGGACCAAUACCAGUGUGUCUAACUUGGAGGAUGUAAUUAAAGAGAUUCAUGCCGUCCUGCUUGAAUUUAUUCAACUUAACCCGAAAGCGUGGGCACCUUUGGUGUCUUCCUGGGCAGUUGACUUGCUUGGGCAGCUGAGCAGUAAGCAUGCAGGGAGAAGAGCAGUUCCUUACUCCUCCAGUCUAAACGAGCUCCUCCAGUUAUGGAUGACAUGUGCUGCCACUCGCUCCCUAAUGGAGUGUUACUCCCAGUGUCUGGCAGCAAUGUUAGCAUGGUGUCCUGAUGCCUGUGUGGAUGCCUUGUUGGAUACAUCUGUACAGCAUUCCCCUCAUUUUGAUUGGGUGGUUGCCCAUAUAGGCUCUGCUUUUCCUGGUACCAUCAUCAGCAGGGUACUCGCCUGUGGACUCAAAGACUUUUUUGCACAUGGAUGUCCUUCAGGUGAUCAAGCACCCCAACAGCAGACAAUAGACAAAAGCAGCAGAGUGCCCAAAAUUGGGUCUGUGGUGGGUAUCCUUGGACACUUGGCCUCUAGACACUCUGACAGUAUUAAAAAAGAACUUCUUAGAAUGUUCCAGGACAGUUUGUCCCCUCCACCACAAAGCGUGCCUCUGUCUUCAAGUGCCGCUGGUUGGGAGAGCUCCCAACAUCUCCGCAGAGCUACCGUACCUUUCCUGCUGCAGUUAGCCGCUCUUUCACCGGUUUUGCUUGGAGCUGUGGCAGUCGAGCUGGUGGAGAUCCUUCGGCCACCUUUGCUACUUCAACUCCAGUCUCAGUUUCAGGGUUUACCCAGGGAGGAGGUAGAAAACAUGUUGGGCCUAGCAGUGCACCUCAUCAGUCAGAGCCCUGCAGGUGGAGCACGGGUGCUGCGGUUUCUUGCAGAUACUGCUACCCCAGCCUCUGUGAUCAUAUCAGGGCCCACACCUUCACCACAUGACGGUGUACGCGAAGCUUGUGAUCGUCUUCUCCAGAUGCUCCUAUUGCAUCUCCACAAGCUUGUGUACAACAGGCCUGAUGGAGAUGAACCAUAUUCACACUCCAGCUCCAUUGCAAUGCCACGUGUGAUCCCAUUUCUUGAGGAACUGCAGGCUCAUGUUGGUGAGCUUUGUGCUGAGACACUUAGGCUUGAAAGGAAAAGGCACCUAUGGCUACAUCAACUGCUGUGUCUGCUGUCUGUAUAUGGUGGUCCUAGUGUGGCCACAGAAACCCUCUGUCAGCUGCUAACCCAGGCCAGGAACCCCGAGGAGCUUGCCUUAGCCUCACAACUCUACUCUACACUUUCUUCUUCUAUUCCCAGAUUACUUGCACAAGCUGUCACACGCUGCGUUGCUCAGAUCCACACCCAAAACCUGAACAGUAGAGAGUUAGCACGACUCCUGAACAACCUGGCUACAGCAGUGCAGAGCCAGGAAGAAGACGGCAAAUCAGCCAGUGCAACAGCUGGAAGUUCAAUGGCAGCACAAGUUGGCACUGCUGUUUCCAGCCACCUGCACGAUUUCUGUCAACUGUUACUUCACAAUGAUGCCACUGUAUCAAGAGCAGCCGCUCGCCUCUUGUGUUGCAGCCAGAUUCCAAAAGCUUGCUCGCCAGCUCAUUCGCUACUCAUAUCGCGGUCGGCAGUGGCCCAUUUCUUCAUAGCUUUACGACGACGGGGAGAAAUGCUAAAGGUCGGAGGUCAGAGUGGUGAAGAGGCAGUUGGAUACUCCAUGUGCUUGCUGUCCAACCUGGCAGCUUACUCAUCCCUGACACUCAAAAUUGUACUGCAGCAGCUUGUGGAGGGAGCCUUACAAGAAAGCAACAUGGAUCUGUUUGGGGGUCAGAAAGAAAACCCGGGUGAAAACAGUUACUUCACACCCAAUCAAGAUCCAGAUUUAGGUGCAUCAUUGCUAGACAUCAACUGUAAAUUUGGUACUACUGUUAACUUCUCUGGUAGUGUGUGGUCUGUGUUCCAUGCUGGGGUGAUUGGAAAGGGUCUGAAACCUCCUCAGACCUCUUACCAGUCUGACCCUGAUAAAGUUAGCCUGAACAUACAGACUUUGCUUGCCGUCACAGUCCAGUGUUGCAGUUCUGGUGGAGGAGGGAGUGGCAAUAAUGGAUCAGGCAAUGGCCGGAAAUCUCAGGCGGGCGAGGGUGUUCAUGAAGAGCCUUCUCCAGUCAACGCUGAAGCUGCCAAGGUUAUUGCAGUAGCUUUAGUGGAGAAUGUUUGCCCAGAUGUUGCAAAUGGAGAAAUUUCCUGGCCACCUGAGGAGCACACAAAGACUACGGUUGAGAGAGACAUUCACAUCUGCCAAUGUUUUAAGGCCAAUCCUGUGUUGUUCCAUCUUCUUCGAGUGAUCGCUGCUGGACGCCCAGCACUCUGCUAUUGCUCUGCUGUACUCAGAGGCCUCCUGGCCACACUCUUGGUCCAGUGGGAGGCUUCACGCGAGUCCUCAGUACUAGAUUCCCCCUGGCAUCUUCAGGCUUCCUGUUUGCUAGUGUCCUGUAUGGGAGAGGGUCAGCUUCUGCCCCCAGUACUAAGUAACAUCCAUGAGGUCUUCCCUCAUCUGUCACCAUUUGAGGUCAGGCUUUUGCUGCUUGGGGUCUGGGAGUACAUGCGUGGAAACAGCCCUAUGCCUCAAAAGUUUACAUUUAGUGCUGAGAAAGGAGUGUUUUUCCGAGAUUUCUCUCGAGACGGGGAUGUAGCACGUUACACUGCACCAAUACACAGUGUGCUUCAUAAGAACAUUGACCGGCUCGGACACUUAUGUUGGAGGUUUCAGGUCUAGCAACCUGAAGUUUGUUGUUUCAAACCUUUUAUUGUACAGUGAGGUUCUGGGGUACUGAUUUUUUGUUCCACCUUGUAAUUCUCCACCACUGUUAAUGGUAAAUCAGAUUUUUUGAGGGGAUGGUAUACAGAUAAACUCCAAAAAGUCCAAAUUAAAUGUUUGAAUUGAUUUUUUCCAGUAAAUACAUGGAAGAGAAAAGUUAAAAUGGGAUAGAAAAGUUCUCUGUGACAAAACCUUAUCAAAGUUUGAACAUAAAUUUGAUCAUAUAACUGUAUAAUAGCUUUUGUAUUGUAAUUUUAAUGUGUGUUUUGUUUAGGUAAUAGCAUAGUUUAAGAUUCGACUAUAAACUGUACAUAACUAACUUCAUAAUU